GAGGCUAAAAUGUUUUGCAAACUGAACCAGUCACGGUGAACUUUUGCAUCGGUUCAUACGUGCCUGGAAGGUGAUUACGUUUCCUUGCAUUUACAAGAUUAGAAGAAAUCGUGUGAACAUAGCCUUUUAAUAACGAGUAAAUAAGAUGUCCACUCAUUUUGUGUCUGUUUGAAAACUUAAGCGUCUUAAACGCCUCCGGACAAAGUCUGAGUUAAUCUUUUCCCUUACGAUAGGAAAAAGUCUGGAAAGAUACUAAAGACGGAAAGCGUUUCCUUCGAGCUAAUAUCGAUGGUCUGGUAACGAGAUUUAAGCUGACAGAAGAAGAUUGGGAAGUAAUGGAGAUCACCCAUUUCCCAGGUGGAGGUCGUUUGUUAGGUGGUGCCUGGACUACGAUUUUUAAACGUGGUUUACACGAAAGCAAUCCCUGGUGCAACUUGCGUCUAAAGAAUAAUCACGUUCGAAAGGAAAACUCUCGAAAGAUCAUUUCAGCAUCGUUCUUCAGAGGAUCUGGAAACUGCAAGCGCCGUGAGUGCAACAUGAAAUUCAAAAUGGUCAUUGAAGAGGAGAGGGGAAAAUACGUGAAAGUGACGUACACGGGAAAUGUCUGCCACAACCAUGAAUCAUAUCCAACGAAAAAGUGACUUCAAGAAUGACUGCAAAAGACCUGACAACGGUCUCGG